AUGGCGUCCAAUCCUUUCAAUCACUGUCUCCUUUGGCUCAUAGCCUUCAUUGGGCUUGCAGCUCCCCUCGCUCUUUCUAUUCCUAAUGGAAAUGACAUUGGUUGUCGUACUCAGUCUAACAUCGUUGCAGCUACCGAGAAUUCUAGUGAGAUCAGCAUGGAGGGCGGUUACAAGUCCAUCGCAUACUUUGUCAAUUGGGCAAUUUAUCAACGCAACUACCAUGCUUUCGACCUUCCCGCGGACAAAUUGACUCAUGUUCUCUACGCCUUCGCCGAUGUCCGACCCGAUUCGGGAGAAGUGUUUCUGAGAGACCCAUUCGCGGAUGUAGACAAGCACUAUCCUGGUGAUUCCUGGAAUGAACCCGGGAACAACGUUUACGGCUGCGUCAAACAGUUGUUCCUCCUUAAGAAGCAAAAUCGCAAUCUCAAGGUUCUUCUCUCCAUCGGUGGCUGGACCUUGUCUGCCAAUCUCACUCAAGGUACAAGCACGGAUGCUGGACGCGACACUUUUGCCCAGUCUGCUGCGAAGCUGGUCCUUGAUUAUGGCUUCGAUGGUAUCGAUAUCGAUUGGGAAUAUCCACAGAACGAAGUUGAGGCUCAAGCUUAUGUGUCGUUGCUCCAGAAGUGCAGAGAGGCUUUGGACAGAGCAGCCGGCCCCAAUCGCAGAUUUCUUCUCACGAUUGCUUGCCCUGCCGGACCAAACAAUUACUCCAAGCUUAAGCUGCGGGAGAUGACACCUUUUCUCGACUUUUACAAUCUCAUGGCAUACGAUUAUGCCGGAAGCUGGGACUCCAUUGCAGGCCACCAGGCCAACCUCUUCCCAUCCAAUGGCAACCCCUCUUCCACCCCAUUUUCGACAAUCCAGGCCAUCAAUUACUACACUCAGGUCGGAGGAGUCCCGCCUUCCAAGAUCGUUCUGGGAAUGCCGCUGUACGGCCGUGACUUCUUGAACACCAACGGGCCGGGCACCCCCUACUCCGGGAAUGGAGCUGGAAGCUGGGAGCAUGGUGUCUGGGAUUACAAAGCUCUCCCCCAACCCGGAGCAACGGAGGCCUUUGACCAGCAAGCAGGUGCCUCUUGGUCCUACGAUGCAGGCGCCCGCACCAUGGUCUCGUACGACACCGUCGCCGCUGUGGAGAUGAAAGUGGACUUCAUCAAGAAGCAGGGCUUGGGAGGCGGCAUGUGGUGGGAAGCCAGUGGUGACAAGGGAGGAAAGGCAGCGAAUAAGGCCGAUGGCAGCCUCAUUGGGACUUUUGUGGAAGGCGUUGGCGGCGUAAAUGCACUCGAACAGAGCCAGAAUAAUCUGGACUACCACGAGUCGCGAUUUGACAACCUGCGUGCUGGUUUCCCUUGA